CCUAUAUAUAGAACACCAGCCGUAAGGAGGCUAGGGUUUGCAGCGGCUCGUAAGCGGAGGAAUAAUACACAGCACGGAGCUCUAGUUUCACCUCGGUUACCGUCACCAUGGGUCGUAUGCACAGUCGAGGUAAGGGUAUUUCGUCCUCAGCUUUGCCUUACAAGAGAACUCCACCGAGUUGGCUGAAGAUUUCUGGCCAAGAUGUUGAGGACAACAUUUGCAAAUUUGCGAAGAAGGGUUUGACACCCUCUCAGAUCGGUGUCAUUCUUCGGGACUCUCACGGUAUUGCCCAGGUCAAGAGCGUUACUGGUAGCAAGAUUCUGCGUAUCCUUAAGGCUCAUGGCCUUGCACCUGAAAUUCCCGAGGAUCUGUACCACCUUAUUAAGACGGCUGUUGCCAUUAGGAAACAUUUGGAAAGGAAUAGGAAGGACAAGGAUUCCAAGUUCCGAUUGAUUCUUGUUGAGAGCAGGAUCCACAGGCUUGCUCGAUACUACAAGAAGACAAAAAAACUUCCCCCUGUCUGGAAAUACGAGUCUACCACUGCCAGCACCCUUGUGGCUUAAGCUUGGUUUUGAUGCUCAGCAAGACUGGGAACCAUGUGAUGGCAGCGAAUACUCAUGUGAGCAAGAAUGAUGUUUUAAUUGUCUAGUAUAUUUCAAGACGUAAGACCUUGAUUCAUAGGUUUUAAAAGAUUUUGUAUUGUUUGUGAUAAUGUGGAAGAGAAAUUUAGAACAUGUUUGUUUUUGAAUGUUUACGAAUUUUUUUUA